CGCACCAAGAUUUAGAAAGUGACGUUAUCUCCCACAUCUCUUUUCUUCUCACCCAAGUUGAAGAAGAUUAAAUAAAAAUCAUCUCCCAAACUUGAAGAAGAUUGAACAUUUGAUUUGAUAAUGAGUCAAACACAUAUAAAUAUUGUGGUGUUAUAUAAUGGAUCGUGGGAACAAGUUUUGAACGAAGGUUGGUCAUUUAGUGCUAAACAAAGCAAGGGUAUGAAGGUGCCAAAGACUAUCACUUACAAUAGUCUUGUUGAUCAAUUGUGUACUUUAAUCGGAGCUGACAAGUCUCGUAUUGAUCUUGACUUAAAUGUAAUCUAUCAUUUUGGAAGUAAAGGUAUCCCUCCAUCUUUAAUUAGUAAUGAUGAAGAUGUUGCUUUUUUUCUUGAUGAGAUAGGAACAUCUAUCAAUCAUCGGACACCCCUAUGUGUGUCUACUACAGAGAAGAGAAGUAAUGAUCCUUUGGUUACUAAAACACGUGAGUUGUAUACUAUUCCUCCAGUUGAAACCAAAGUGAAUGAUGAUUUUUGCAUUGAUGACAAUGAAGACAGUUGUGAUGAUGAUAAUAAUGAUGCAGAUGGCAAUGAAGAGAGUUGUGAUGGUGAUAAUAAUGAUGCAGAUGGCAAUGAAGACAGUUUAUUGAAGAGCCAUGAUUCCUCAAAUAAUAGAGGUCGUAAAGUAAGACAGGUUGGCGAAGAUAAUCUAUGGAGUACUCCACUUUUGUUGAAUCAAGGGGAAAAAGGCUCUACUUCAGCCUCAACAGCUCAAUUACUGACAUCUUCUUCGAGUAUCAAUUCAUGGGAAAUAAAAGAGGGUCAAAUAUUUGAGAACAAGCAAGAGUUGAAGAUGAAACUCCAUCUUUAUGCAUUAAAGAAAAACUUUGAGUUUAAAGUAAAGAAAUCUGCGAAAAAUAUAUGGUGUACAGUAUGUGUUGAUGAUAAAUGCAAAUGGAGGUUGAGGGCUACAAAAUUGGUUAAUUCCAAUAUGUUCGAGGUUCGUAAAUUUUUCGGUGAACACACAUGCUCAUUGGAUGUUCGACAUAAAGAUCACCGUCAGGCAUCCCCAUGGCUUAUUGGACAUGUCAUAAGGAGAAAAUUUGAGGGUGAUGAUGUUAAUUACAAGCCAAGGUCAAUUGUAAAAGAUAUGAGUUUAUCAUAUGGAGUUCAUAUGAGCUAUGCUAAAGCUUGGAGGUGUCGAGAGCAUGCAUUGGCUUACAUAAGAGGUACACCAGAAUCAUCAUUUCAGAAACUUCCCUCAUUUCUAUACAUGAUGGAGCAAAAAAAUCCUGGAACUGUUACUCAUUUGCAGAUGGACAAUGAAGGUAGGUUCAAAUAUUGCUUCAUGGCCUUAGGUGUUUCUAUAAUGGGGUUUAAAACAUAUAUUCGCCCAGUUAUAUGUGUAGAUGGAAUCUUCUUGACUACUCGGUGUGGAGGUACUUUGUUAUGUGCCAUGGGACAAGAUGCUAACAAGCAAAUAUAUCCAAUUGCAUUUUCAGUAGUUGACUCAGAGAAUAAUGACUCAUGGUUGUAUUUUCUACUGAGGUUGAAGGAAGCGAUUGGUGAAGUGGAGAAUCUAGUAUUCGUGUCUGAUAGACAUACUAGUAUAGCAAGUGCAUUGACUAAAAUUUUUCCUGAGGCACACCACGGUGCUUGUAUACAUCAUGUUAGCAUGAAUAUCCGUGCGAAGUUCAAAACUGACCAUUGCCAUGAAGAAUUCUUCCUUGCAGCGAAAGCUUAUAGAAAGCGAGAGUUUUUACGCCAUUUUGAGAAGAUUAAAUUCAAAGAUCUUGCAAUUGCUCAAUACUUAGAGAAUCAAGUGGGUUUUGAAAAGUGGGCUCAUUCUUUCUUUCCUGGUCAUCGAUAUAAUUUAAUGACUACAGGUAUUGCCGAAAGCUGGAACAAUGUCAUUGCUGAGGCACGUGGGUGGCCAAUUACUUGUCUCAUGGAAUUUAUGAGGCACACUUUACAAAAAUGGUUUUUCGAGCGUCGAACUGCAGCAUCAGCGGCUACAAGUCCUCUUGCCACAGAAGUGGAAGCUGAUUUGCGAAAGUUAGCAGACAAGUCCACUACCUCGUUCUCUUUUCCGUCUAGUCAGUAUGAAAUAACAGUAUUGGAUGGUGAUCUUGAUGGAGAUGUAGACCUGAGGAGGAAAACAUGUAGUUGUAGAAGAUUUGAUUUGACAGGUCUUCCUUGUGAACACGAUCUAGCUGGUGCUCGAGAUCGUGGCAUUAGUCCAUAUAGUUUAUGCUCCAGAUUCUACACAGUUGAAGCGUGGUUGUCAUCCUAUGGUGGAUCUGUAUAUACGCUGGGUAAUGAAGAAUCUUGGGUGAUACCAAAUGACAUAGGAAGUAUGAUGACAGCUCCUCCUUUAGUGAAGCAGAAGGCUGGUCGUCCAAAAAAGAAACGACGUUUAUCAAAGGGUGAGAAGAAUAGAAAACAACAUAGAUGUAGUAGAUGUGGUGUCCUGGGCCACAAUCGAGUGGCGUACACCACUGUUUGUCCCCCGCCGUCAAGACAUGCUUAG